AUGCGUCUCUCCAACACGACAGCCUCUGCGUCAGGAGUAGCUUUCUCUGUAGACUUCAGCAGCCCUCAAGAUUAUUUAAUCUUUCUUUUCCAGAUUUUAUUCGCCACAUCUACGGUCCUCGUAGCCGGGACAGUAGUUAUUGCCAUCUCAGCGACCAAAGCGCUCCGCAUCCAGAACAGAUUCAUUUUCAUGCUCAGCACGAGUAUUUGUGACACUCUGAUUGGGUUUUCAGUGUAUUAUCUCGGUCUGUUUGAUGUUCAGGAGGGAUAUCCAUCUAGAAACGGGACGUACAAUGUGCUACCCUCACUUUUAGGCGUUAAUAUAUUGACAUUUUUGUUCGCACAGUUUGAUCGCUAUUUCGCUGUGUGCCACCCAUUUAUCUACAGCCGCUUCAUAACCAGACCGUUAGUGAUAUGCAUUAACAUCUACUGCUGGGUUUACAAUUUUGCGCAUUUGCUCGCUAGGAAUUUGUUGCCAGUUUCCAAAUCUGUACAGCUAUUUGUAUUCAGCAUAAUCUUAUUUCAAUUGAUCGUGCUCACCAAAGUAGUAAUGACUAUCAAAUUAUUUGUUAUUGCCAGAUAUCAGCUUGAGAGAGACCCUCCCAGCGCAGACAGAGACAGCAAGAGAGAAUCAUUGAGAAUAAUCAUUUUCGUUGUCAUAAGCUUUUUGGCAUUAUGGUGCCCCUCUUUUGUGAAUAUUGUCCUCAGAUUUAUGCUUGGCUCGGGGUUGACAUUUAGAAACGAAGCCACUAAUGUUUUUGCCAUAUUGGCUCGUUUCAACGCCCUGUGCACUCCCUCCGUGUACCUGUGGGGCAGCCCGGCCCUGAGGGCGGCGGUGCGGGAGAGCGUGUGGGGCCGCGUGUGUCCCUGCUGCAGGAGGAGGUGA